AGCAUCAUUACAACUCAGUUCAUGCCCUUCAAGGAGGCACAGGAGUGUAUGGUAGGAGAGUACAAGGUGGAUGGGCAAUGCUGUCCCACCUGCCAUCCAGGUUACAGGGUUCAAGAGACAUGCAGUAUAAUAACAGGCACCACGUGUGUGCCUUGUGAUCCUGGGACCUACACAGCACACCAGAGUGGCCUGAAGGACUGUCUCCAGUGUAAAGUCUGUGACUCUGCAUUUGGCUUGGUGACCAGAAGGGCAUGUUCGCCCACAUCCGACACUGUGUGUGGCUGCUCUUCAGGGUAUUUCUGUUCCAACAUGAAAGAUGAUGACUGUGAGAUGUGUGUGACUCAUCGAGUCUGCACCCCUGGCCAAUACAUGAAGUCUAGAGGCACAGAGAGAAACAACACCAUCUGUAAAGAGUGCCAGGCAGGGACAUUUUCCCCCAAUGGGACCCUUAGCCAGUGUCUGCCGUGGACCAAUUGUACUGCCCAGAGUUUAUCUGAAGAAAAGCCGGGCACCAACACCACGGAUGCAUUGUGCUCAGUGCAGAGUAAACCUCACUUCACAUUAAUUGUUAUCAUCAUCCUCAUCAUCAUUAUCAUCCCCGUCAUCAUUUGGAUGGUAUUUCUUAGAAGGAAAAAAAAAAAUAGAGAAAGAACUUAUGACAUAAAAGGAAGGGCUGAAGCGUCAGACCCUGAUAAGAUCUGUGAUCUCCUCGAGGCUGAUGUGUCAGUCAUCAACUUGCCUGUGCAAGAGACCAGACAACAGGAAGAAUCAGAUGGAAUAAGUAGAAUAAGGUCCAAGAGUCAGGACAGUCGGGAAUCUUGAUGAUGUUCUUGGGAGUGCAGUGAAACGCCAAGGCCAAGUCAUACUCUCUGUCUGCCAUUGGGACAAAGCUCGUCUCCAGCAAUGGAGGCCAUCACCUGCUUGUACCUCCUCCUAGUUCUGUAGCAAAAAGUAUUCCAGAUGGCAAGGGAUAUCUAAGGGAGACCAAAAGUUUCACCAGCAACUUCCAAUUUUAAUGUCCUGUCCCAGAGUGGAGCAUGUUAGAAGAGGCAACAGAGCCCGAGUUCUGAAAGGUUAGAUGAGCUGUGAGUGUAGGCCUGAUAUGAACAGUCUGUUUUCUAAGGACCAAUACAAAGAAGGUGGCUGGCCACCUGGUGGUUAAUAUAAAGUUAUUUUGUAUGUA